CUUUCUUUUACGUUCGUUUGUUUUGAUUUGAUGUCAGACAGACUUUCCCAUUUAAAAUGUGUGCAUUAAUUAAUUUAAAAUUCUCUUGAUUCAUAGUCUGCAUACGUCGUGACGGUAGUUUAUAUUGUGCUCUCUCACGCCACCAGCCCGUUUGUAGUUUCCGUAUUUCUUAGCCAUCAGUAAAAUGGAUAAAAACGACGCUGAUGGAGACUCUUCAAAAAAUGACAAGAUGUUCACUCUGAAGAAAUGGAAUGCGGUCGCCAUGUGGAGCUGGGAUGUUGAAUGUGACACUUGUGCCAUUUGCCGUGUCCAAGUCAUGGAUUCGUGCUUGCGUUGCCAGGCGGAGAGCAAGCAAGACUCCCGCUACGGACGGCAGGACUGCGUCGUCGUGUGGGGCGAGUGCAACCACUCUUUCCACUACUGCUGCGUCUCCCUCUGGGUGAAACAGAACAACCGCUGCCCCCUCUGCCAGCAGGAAUGGUCCAUCCAGCGUAUGGGCAAGUGAGGCACCGUCUCGCCGCCGACCCUACCCCUACCUCAACCAAAAUUCUCCAAAAUGGCUCAAUCGAAUCGGAUUUUAUUUUUAACGCGCAGCUAACUGGUGGCAGUUCGCGUCUGCGCCGCGUCUUAAUCAUGGUUUUUUUCUAGAUGUACAUAACGUGUAAAACAUGUAAAAAUAUUCAUUGCAAUAAAGUUUUUCGCAUAAUAA